AUGAAAACUUUAGGCAAGCAGCUGGCGGGGAGCAGGCCGUAUGGGCUGAUCGUGGUCCUGGGAUGGCUGUUGCAGAGCCAGAGCUGGUUGCAGGUGGCGGGCAAGAUUGUUGUCGUGGAGUUGCCGGAGCAGAUUAGCCAGGUGCCGACCGGCGUCAACUACGACAACCCGUUUUACGCCACCAACAUCUCUGGCACUGUCAUUGGCUACAGCGCCAACCAAGUAUGCUAUCGCAUCACGACUGGCGCCACGGUGGAUGCAGUCCUGCCCGAACCCGUGCCCAUCAACUUGUCCCGUGGCUCCGCCCUGGACACGUGCGGCAGCUGGCUCAACGCCGUUAUGUAUGACCCCAGUGAAGAUGUGGUUCGGGGCUGGUAUCAUGAGGAAUGGGAGUGCGACUACGCCCGCAACUCCUAUACCAAUAAAAGCAUUGCCUACGCCGAAUCUCAUGACGGCGGCUACAACUUUAGCAAGCCCAACUACCCCGACAACUACAUCAUUACCAGCCCGCCUGGCAAUUCCUCCACAACACACCAGACUGGUGAAGGAGAUCACACUGUCGUGCGGGUGGGCGACUACUAUUAUCUCUAUUUCCUAGACUGGAACGCCCAGCCCACGGGACCUCGCGUGGCCGUGGCUCGUAGUCACGUCCAAGACGGUGGACGUCCCAACUCUUGGUGGAAAUGGCAUCACGGUAACUUUAGUUCUCCUGGUCGAGGAGGCGAGUGUGACGCCCUUGAGGGUAUCGCAAGUGCUUCCAGCGUGCGCUAUCGCACACGACAGAACGACUUUGUGGCAGUCGAACCGCCGCAGCUUGACGCUCAUACAGAAUUUGCCCAUAGCCAAACGUGGGACCGCGAAGCAAACUCGCCCGAACUAUAUGCCUAUAUCUCCCUUGUGGGUCCUGGUGGAGCAGAGGACAUUGACACCAACUUUUAUCUCUACUACACCUACCUUGAGGUGCCCGAUCUUUCCGCUACAGAAACACUUUUGGCAUUUCAAGGCGGCAGCAACGGAACCCAUGCGUGGGCCACGACAGCACUCAUGUUACGCGCAUACAACUACUCUGCGCGUACUCUAGGCUAUCUGCUGACCCGGCCGGCAUCUGGACGUCGAGCGCUGUAUGACUGCUAUCUCAAUGCUUCCGCCGUUUAUAUGACGGGUUUGGAGGGCGAGUGCGCCGAUGGCAUCAUCCUGCGCACACUAGGCUAUGCUGCAGAUGCGGCCACAACGUUGCCAGCAGCGAAUGGCUUUGCCCCAGUCCAACUGUGGCGAUGCAAGGAUGCUUCGAGUGCGCGCUACAUCACCACGACAAGCGCGUGUGCUUCUGGGGCAACCAGCUCAAGUCUGGGUUGGAUUCUAACUCGCACACAAGCAUGA